UAUACUUAUACUUUUAGUAAAAAACCUUUUUCAGUAUAUGUUAUGAUAAGAUAGGACUAUAGUUAAGAAUUAAACAGUAUGUCUAUGAAGAGAUUUUUAAAUAGGUCGCGUAAGCUGGAGACCGAGAAGGACAAUUCCGGUGCAGGUAGUGGUAGUGGAACUGGACUGUUAACUAAUUUAGCACCUGCUAGGAGUAAUAGUACUAAUGAAUCUCAUGACUCAGUUAAAGAUCUUCAACCAAUGUUUGAUAAUAAUAAUAAUAGUGGUAGUGGUAGUGGUAGUGCACGAGAAAAGAAAGCCAUAACAUUUAAUUUUAAUAAUGAUCUUAGUUUAAAUUUAAAUCCAUCGAUUCUGAAUACUAAAUCUUCAUCAGUAUUUACUAAGGAUUCAGAAUAUAUAGAUAAAUCAAUAUUUUCUCAUAGUAGAAAUUCUUAUUCAACCAAACAAUCAUCAUAUAAAAGUAAUAAUAGUAAUAAUAAUAAUGGUGGUAAUAAAAAGGAUUCAUCAUUCUCAUUUGGUCAAGCUUUACAAAUUUUAGAUAUUCCUGAAGAAAGUACUGAAAGUUCUAAAACUCCAUAUGAAUUAAUUACUGAAAAACUUCGACAUUUAAGUGAAGAUUUAGGUUCAAUUAUGAAUCAAUAUAAUAAUUCAUUAUUUAAUUUAACCACUGCAGUUAUUAAUUCAAUAGAUUGUUUUAAAAAAUUCAUAAUGUUUAUUGAUAAGAUAAAUGAUAGUAAUAAUUUAGGAUGGAAAUUUACAACUUAUAAUAAUACUUAUUUAAGAAAAAUUUUAAAAAUUUAUCUUAAUUUUUAUGAUAAUUUAUUAGUUGAAGAUGUUUAUAUUAAAUUAAAAUUAUUAUUAGUUAAAAAUUUUAAUGAUUUUGCUCAAACUUUAAAUUCAAGUAAUAAUCAUCAAACUCCUCAAACUAUUAUUAAACCUCAAAAUUAUCCAAUUGGAAUUAAUACUGGAUCAUCUUUACCUAAUGAAGAUGUUUUAUUAAGAAUUAUUGAUAAAAUUUCAAAAACUUCUAUAUCAAUUAAAGAACAAAAUGGUUCAUUUAUUGCUCCAAUAACUCGAGGAAUUAGUAAAGAUUUAAAUAUUCUUUGUUUAUAUUUUGGAUAUCCUGAACCAACAGAUUAUCAUCAUAAAUUAACUAGAAGUUUACAUGAAUUAUAUGAUGAUAUUCAUAUUCUUGUUAUGAAAAAUAGAAUUGAAUUAGCUAGUGGGAAAGUUGAAAUUCAAUCUCAAUCUCAACGUAUGAAUGCUUAUGAAAGAUUACAACAACAACCAUUAAUUCAUCAUCCAUUAGUUCAAAAAUUUAAAUUACCAUUUAGAAUCCCCACUGAUAUUUCAAAACCUCCAAUAUCUUUAUCAUUAUCUAUUGAAAAUUCUUCUCGUACUUCAGGUACUGUUGGUGGUUAUAUUUAUCCAAUAAUUGAUAUUAAAAAGCAAAAACAUUUACAAUCAUAUGCGAAUUCUAAAUUUGCAAUUUCUUGUGGUCAUGUAUGUCUUGAUAAUACUAAUUCAACAGCAGCUGAAUAUCCUCAUGUUUCAGCUCCUUCAUCAGUUUUAAUUUCUUUAUAUAAACAAGCUUUAUUAGAACAAUAUCAUAAAAUUGAUAAUACUGAUGAUUUUAUUGUGGAAUCUAAAGUUGCUUAUGGAGCAGUUUUAAAUCAAUUAGAAGAAAUGUUCCCAUUAAAGAGAGUAAAAGUUAUUGAUCCAAAAACUAAAUUAGAAAGAUAUGAAACAAGAAAUUUACCUAAGAAUAGAUUUGGACAAAUCAUUUGGGGUGAAAGAACAUUAAUUGGACUUAAUAAAGAUGAUAAAGAAAAAGAUUCAAAAUUAACUUCAUCUAAUGAAAAACGACUUUCAGAUAUUGCAAUUAUUAAAGUUAAUAAGAAUUUAGUAUGUGAUCAAAAUUAUUUAGGUGAUGAUAUAUCAUUUAAUGAAUUUGAUCCAGCAUUAAUGUUUGAUAAUUUAUAUGUUAGAGAAGUUAUUGAUUUAAGAAGAUAUUCUCCUAAAGGACUUGAUAUGAUAAUAGAUGAAGUUGAUUCUGAUAUAUCAUCUAAUUCAAGUAAUUCAACUAAUUAUAGUGGAUUACCAGUAUUUAAAUAUGGUUCAACCACUAAAUUUACUAAGGGAAAUUUAAAUGGAGUUAAAUUAGUUUAUUGGUUAGAUGGUGCUAUUCAUUCAUCUGAAUUUAUUGUUAAUGCAAUUGAAACUAAUAGUGCAUUUGCUUCUGGUGGUGAUAGUGGAUCUUGGAUUUUAACUAAAUUAGAAGAUGUUGAGACUAGUAAAUAUUCUAAAGGUUUAGGAGUGGUUGGUAUGUUACAUUCAUAUGAUGGAGAAUUUAAACAAUUUGGAUUAUUUACUCCAAUGUGUGAAAUAUUAGAAAGAUUAGAACAAGUUACUGAUAUUAAAUGGGGAGUGGUUGGAUGUAGUAGUGAUGAAAAGACUGCAAAUACUGAUGAUCCGGUAGAUGAUGAAGCUACUAGUGAUGAAGAAGAUGAUGAAGAAGAUGAAGAAGAUGAAAGUGACUUUGAUGAUCUCGAUGGUGCCUUACCACCAGAAAUUGAUUAAACAACAAAAAUAAAAAGUAUAAAAUGUGCCUAGCUAGUAUGGGUUAUUGGGAAGAUUAAUGUAAAGGAUGAUUUCAGUUCGUUUAGUUUAGUUUAGUUUAGUUCUAUUUUAGUUGAAUUACGUUAUUUAGUGAUAGUUUUAAAUUUAAAUUCAAUUCGUU